CCUGCAUGUUAAAUUGUAGCCAGAGCAGCAGCAUGUGAUCCUCCGUCCUCCAGUAGUCCUGCGAGCGUCAGUCAGUACCAUACCGACACACAGCUGCUGCCCGGCGGAUGUAUUCAUGCAUCUCUACACAUUUCCUGCGUUCAUCAUAAACCCUGGAUAUUGUUGAUCUCUACUAGAGACUCACGGACUGAGGCCCAGACCUGAAAUCUAGCUGUCACUCCUCAGCAUCUCUCCUAUAGCUACAUCCAUCCCACCUCUUCUCCACUUUCCGCCUGUAUCACCUCAUUCUGUUCCCAUCAGACUCUGUCUCGCUCUCUCUUUCUCUCUCCACCCCCACCCCCUUCCCCACCCUCAGCCUCCCUGAUGCCUAAGAACAGCAAGGUGACGCAGCGUGAGCAGAGCAAUGAGCACGUCACAGAGUCGGUGGCUGACCUGCUCGCACACGAGGAGCCGCUGGACUACAAGAGCAGCUCCCUGAACGUCAUAGGGGCCACCGGGAAAAAGGUCCCGCAGAUAGAGGUGCCCGAAGACGAUGGACGCCCCGCCUGGAACAGCAAACUGCAGUACAUAUUGGCCCAGGUGGGCUUCUCUGUAGGCCUGGGGAACGUGUGGCGCUUCCCUUACCUGUGCCAGAAAAAUGGAGGAGGUGCCUAUUUGGUUCCCUACUUCAUCCUCCUCCUCCUCAUCGGCAUCCCACUCUUCUUCUUGGAGCUGGCUGUGGGUCAGAAGAUCCGACGUGGGAGCAUCGGGGUCUGGAACUACGUCUGUCCCAGUCUGGGUGGGAUAGGAAUGUCCAGCCUGAUGGUGUGUGGCUUUGUGGGUCUCUACUAUAAUGUGAUCAUCGGCUGGAGCAUCUUCUAUUUCUUCCAGUCCUUCCAGUAUCCUCUUCCAUGGAGCGAGUGUCCAAUCAGAAGGAAUGGGACACUUGCCAUUGUGGAGCCGGAGUGUGACAAAAGCUCAGCCACGACCUACUUCUGGUACCGUCAGACACUGAACAUCACCAGCACCAUCGCAGAGAGCGGCGGCCUUAACAUAAAAAUGACCCUGUCUCUGCUGGUGGCCUGGAUCAUCGUCUGCCUCGCCGUCAUCAGAGGGAUUGCGUCCUCUGGGAAGGUGAUGUACUUCAGCUCCCUUUUUCCAUAUGUGGUGCUGUUCUGUUUCCUGGUCAGAGGUUUAAUGCUGAAGGGAUCAGUGGAUGGCAUUGCUCACAUGUUCACUCCCAAGUUGGAGAAGAUGCUGGAGCCCCAAGUGUGGAGGGAGGCAGCCACCCAGGUCUUCUUUGCCCUGGGUCUGGGGUUUGGAGGAGUCAUAGCCUUCUCUAGUUACAAUAAGAUCGAUAAUAACUGCCAUUUUGAUGCCGUGCUCGUCUCUCUCAUCAACUUUCUCACUUCCAUUCUGGCCACGCUGGUGGUGUUUGCCGUGCUGGGCUUCAAGGCCAACAUCAUGAAUGAAAAGUGUGUCGUAGAGAAUGCAGAGAAGAUCCUGGGAUACCUCAACUCUGACGUCCUGAGCCACGAUCUCAUCCCUCCACAUGUAAACUUCUCCCAUCUCACCACAUCAGACUACGCUGAAAUGUACGGGGUCAUCAAGGCGGUUAAAGAGGGCGGCUUCGCCCAGCUGGGUCUGGAGCCUUGUCUCCUGGAGGACGAGCUUAACAAGUCUGUCCAGGGCACUGGCCUGGCCUUCAUCGCCUUCACAGAAGCCAUGACCCAUUUCCCAGGGUCUCCGUUCUGGUCUGUCAUGUUCUUCUUCAUGCUCAUCAACCUCGGUCUGGGCAGCAUGAUCGGCACUAUGACCGGCAUCACCACACCUGUCCUCGACGCAUACAAGGUCCAGAAGGAGCUUUUCACAGUGUGUUGCUGCAUUGUGGCCUUCUUCUGUGGCCUGUUGUUCGUUCAACGCUCAGGGAAUUACUUUGUCACCAUGUUUGAUGAUUACUCUGCCGGACUGCCUCUCACAGUAGUGGUCAUCCUGGAGAAUCUGUCCGUCGCUUGGAUUUACGGCACAAAAAGGUUCAUGCAGGAUCUGGAGGACAUGUUGGGUUUCCGACCAUGUAUAAUCUAUUUCUACUUGUGGAAGUACGUCUCCCCUCUGUGUCUCAUUGUGCUCAUCUCAGCCACUGUGAUAGAGAUGGCCAUCAGCCCACCAGGAUACAAUGCCUGGGUUGAAGAGCUGGCUCAGGAACGCUUCCAGAGCUAUCCCCCAUGGGCACUGGCCAUGUGCUUCGCUCUCAUUAUCGUGGCCAUGCUUCCUCUCCCUGUUGUCUUUAUCGCCCGUCGCUUAAACCUGAUGUCAGACGGCUCCAACAAGCUGUCUGUCUCCUACCGUAAAACCAUGAUGAAGGACAUGUCCAACCUGGAGGAGCAGGACGAGGCCAGGUUCAUCCUCGGCGCCAAGCCUGGCGAGGCGCCUUCAUCAGCACCAGCACAUAAGGCCUACCUGACUCCAGGAGGGACCAAGACCCUGGAUGCCAACUCCCUGUCUCCAAACAGCUGCUAUGGUACGAGCUACCAGAACGCUGCCAUCAGCCCCACCACACCGACUACACCGACCACGCCCGCCACGCCAGACUCUGACUCUUGACUGCUGUCCAAACACACCUCUGACACCCAGUAGCACAGUUUACCUUCCAGCCAUAAAGUCUCCACCGAGGGUCACUGCAGCGUCGAGAAUCCCCACCACUGCCCGACUAACACCAAAAACUGUAUGUAGCCGCCCAAUUUAUCUGAACACACGCUUUCCAAAAUAAUACCAAGGAACCACCUGCAGCAGGAUGGGAAAAAAAGACAAAAUUCACUCUUAACACUGAAAUCAGGGUGAGACUGACAGUGACACACUGUAAGUCUAUAUCUAUUCUGUAUAUAACAUCACAGGAUUUAUGUGCUUAAGAUGAAGUUCUGUGAGUCUCUUUUCUUUGACUUAGUAUAAGGAUCCUCAGCAGACAUAACCCCCCCCCUCCCACACACACAGUUUAAUGUUAAUGCACAUCCCCAUCUGCACAGAGCAGGGGAUCUGAAUUGAAGUGAAUGUAGUGGAGUCGGUGUGGUCCUGCUGGUUGAACUGGUUUUCACUGGCACAGAGAGCCAAGACGAAUGUGAGUUUAUUAUUUUAAGGUUUUAAGCCUGUCCUCCGUAGUGGUACUGCGUGCCAUACAGUCUAAGUUUUUCUUAUGCAGUGGUUUCAGUAAGUACAUAUACAGUACAUCUACACAAGCACCUCUGUUUUUUAUGUUUUAGCUAGAAAACACUUCUCAUUGUGUAGAUCUGUUUUCACAGAGCUCUGUGUAUUGUAAACUAUGCUUAAGGCUGCUCUAAAGACAUCCAUCUAUGUUCCAUUCCCUGCUGUGUUUUUCAUGUAGCCAGUAUUGUGUAUCUGUAAACAGUGGUAUGCAGUAUAAUAACAUAGAUAUAGGAUAUUAUUUAUGUUCUAAAGCCACAUUCUCAUCAUCUGUUACACACACAUUAUAACAUGUGAAAAUCACUCGUUUUAGUUUCCCCUCCUGAGUAAAUUGUAGACAACAAAGCACUUGAAAUGUAUGUAUUUAUGUUUAAGUAUUAAGAAAGGAUAUGCUGAGUUGUGUUGAAAGUGAACUACAAAGAGCUUGUUUUAAGCUCAUGAGACUGAAACAUAAAACAUUCAAAUUCUUCAGUGACAGAAAGUACAGCUUGUUGAUGUGAAGUUGAAACACAUGCCUAUUCCUCGCUUAAUGCAUUUUUAAUGUUCUUCCUAUAAUGCUACAAAAGCACAAAGAGAUUUUACACAAUUAUUGUGCACAGUUAAAUUAAUAACCUUAAUUGUUGACGUAUAGUUUUGAAGCUUUAUGCACACGUGCAAUUGAAAUACUUGCUGCUGUUGAAUAUGUCCCACACAAUGAGUAAGCAAUAUACAUUUCUAUUGCAGCACAAACUAUGUUCAAUAUGGACCAAAAACAUAAUGAAUAUGAAAUCCAGCAAAGAUUGAGGAAUUUAUGGAACAGAUAUCCAAGUAAUGGAAUAUUAAUCUCGCACAUAUGCUCAAUUGCACACAUGCACACUGUUUCUGUAUAUUUGUGGAAUAAUAAACCUCAUUACGGAUC